AUGACUAUGAAAGGCUUAUCCUCCAGUCGCAGUCACCACCACACGCUGACCUGUGACCCCUCCUACGAUUCGCUCACGCUGCAUCCUGACCGACGCCCUUACCUGCUCAACCCGCCCGACGCCCACCCCGUGGACCGCCACGCCUACUACAGCUGCCAGGCGGAAUGCGGAGGCGGGGCCGGGCCUUACGGGGCGGACCUGGCCAGCAGCACGUUUCCGCGGCGACACUACGGCUCGCACCACGAGCUGAAGGAGGAGUGCGCGGUGGUGCCGUUUGGAGGAACGGUGGUUCCGGCCGGGGGCUGCGGCCCGUGUGGAUCUCAGGCAGCCCUGUUGGAACAGUUUGAGCACCAGCGACGGGAUGGAUUUCACACCCUACAGUACAAACGCACGGCGGCAUUGGAGCACCAGCGAAGCGACAGUCCAGGGCGCAUCCGCCACCUGGUCCACUCCGUACAGAAACUCUUCACCAAGUCCCAUUCGCUGGAGGGGCCCAGCCAACCGCGCCUCAACAGCUCUGACUCUCCCCCUGAAGCCAUGGCAACCGCCACGUCCCAUCCCAAUGUUUCCACGGCGGCAGGCAACACAUCCACGCUCAAGUCCCAGCACGGAAAACGGGGUAAGAGCAAGGAGCGCAGUCGUUCAGAACCCAAACCCCGAGCCCGUUCCCCCGUGUCCGGCUACUGGAGCUCAGACGACACGUUGGACCGCGAGGUGUGCCUCUACCACCGGCCUUCGGGCGUCAUGACGAUGGGGCGUCGCCCUGACAAGUCACAGUCGCAUUACUUCCUGGAGUCGUACAACACGCUGAGCGGCGCGUGCACGUUGAAGACAUCGCGUAGCAAUAACGACGUGGGGAAAUGUUCGAGCUGCUCCGGAGCUUCGGCUCUGGGAUUUGGCGGCUCGUCCGGGAUCGAUUCGUCGUCGGCGCUGGUGAAGAAGAGCUCUUGGUCCAGCACCCUGACGGUGAGCAGAGCCAGAGAAGUGUACCAGAAAUCAGCUGUCAACAUAGAUAAAGCGCUAGUCAAAGCACAGACCUGCCAGCAGGGUCGAACCUGCCAAUUCUUACAGGUACCUCAGGAUGAUUGGGGUGGAUUUUCGGGCUUGGGGAGGGACGAUGAGAUUCCCUGCAGACGGAUGCGCAGCGGCAGCUAUAUAAAAGCCAUGGCAGAGGACGACAGUGGAGACUCCGACUGCAGCCCUAAACCCUCCCCCAAAGUCCAGGCCCGCCGAGCUAGCUACCUGAAGGCUACUCAGCCGUCUCUCACUGAGAUGACUACGCUGCAGAUCAGUACAGAGCACUCUCCGAAGCUACAGAUCCGGAGUCACAGCUACCUGCGUGCGGUGAGUGAGGUGUCAAUCAACCGCAGUCUGGACAGUUUGGACCCGGCGAGCCUGCUGGCCUCGCCCAAAUUCCGCUCCCGAAAUGAGAGCUACAUGAGAGCCAUGAGCACCAUCAGUCAGGUGAGCGAGGUGGAAGUGAACGGGCAGAUAGAGGCUGUGUGCGAGUCUGUGUUCAGCGAGCUGGAGUCAAAAGCCGUGGACGCUCUGGACCUGCCCGUCUCCGGAUGUUUCCGCAUGCGCAGUCACAGCUACGUGCGCGCCAUCGAAAAGGGAUGCUCGCAGGACGAGGAAGAGGAGGACAGGACCGCCCUGAGAGCCAUCUCACCCCCACGCACGACAACCACAGUCAGAACCAUACAGAGCAGCACAGGGGUCGUUCUUCUUCAUGUUCAAGUGUCAUCAUGCAUCACGACCUACAAGAAGACCCCGCCCCCGGUCCCGCCCAGGUCGACACCCACCCGCCCGUAUAUUUCCAUAACGGCUCAGAGCAGCACGGAGUCGGCCCAGGAUGCGUACAGUGAGCUUACCGGGUCUGGGAGCGGGAACCGGGCCAACAUAACAGCUCAGUCAGGCUUGAGCAACUCCACGGAGAGCAUUGACAGUAUGAAGGCCCUGACCGCGGCCAUAGAGGCAGCGAACGCCCAGGUCCACGGGCCGGCUAGCCAGCACGUCACCAACAGCACCAUCACCAUUACUGCAACUGCCGCUAACGUCACACACAUCUCACAGGACAGCAAGAGAGACGCGCUGAGGAAGUGUUUGUCCAUAGGGAUACAGGUGGAUGGCCCUGAGGAGACUGGUGGAUCAGAAGAACACUGCAGGUUCCAGUCUGUUGGUAUUCAAGUGGAGGAAGAGAGGUGCUAUCGCCGGGUCACCCGUUCCAACAGUGUCACCACUGCAGUGCAGGCUGACCUCGACCUCCAGGAGGUGGGUGACGGCCAGUCUGACUUCCCCCAGGGUGAGCCUUCCUUGGUGGGCUCCAUGGUCAGACAGGCCUCCCGAGACGCCGCCACCUCCACGGUCAGCAUCCAGGGCUCAGGGAAUCACUACCACGCCUGUACCCAGGACGAGUACAGCGACGUGGGCUUCGACCCCUCCAUCCUGCCCCCGCCGGAUCCGUGGAUGGACGGAGGGGUGGAGGAGGACACCGGAAGUUGCGUAGGGGUGUUGGUUUGCCCGCGGGACGGGCGCUGGUUUUUGAAGCUCCUGCAAGCGGAGGUGGAGCGGAUGGAGGGGUGGUGUCGGCAGAUGGAGCAGGACGAACAGGAGAAUGAGCUGCCCGAUGAGGUCCUGGGGAAGAUUCGAAGUGCAGUGGGCAGUGCCCAGCUGCUGAUGUCACAAAAAUUCCAGCAGUUCCGUGAGCUGUGCGAAGAGAACCUGAACCCGAACGCCCGCCCUCGCCCCAUCUCUCAGGACCUAGCGGGAUUCUGGGAUAUGCUGCAGCUCUCGAUCGAGAACAUCAGUCUGAAGUUUGACGAGCUCCAUCAACUCAAGGCCAACAACUGGAAACCUCUAGAUCCACCAGAGAGAAAGGAGAGGAAGCUGCCUCCUCCUGUGCCGAGGAAGCCUGGGAAAAGUCAAGCCCUGCUGAUACGGGAUCGAUCGCUGGAAGGCUCCGAGAGACAGCGUCUGGAGGCGCGCAAACGCCUGCUAGCCGCUAAACGAGCUGCCUCGCUACGCCAGAACUCCGUCACAGAGAGUGCGGACAGCAUCGAGAUUUACAUACCCGAAGCCCAGACACGAUUAUAA